CUAGUCUAAAGCAUUCAAGAGGGCCACUCCAAGAUCUACCCUUCAUCAGCUCUGAGAGAACACUCAGACACUCCCAGGAUGUGCCUACACUGAAUGAGAUCAGAACCCAUGGCUUUCUUCACUAAAUACCACCAGACUUCUCACAAUGGACAUGGAGGAGAGCUCCGUCCUAGACCUGGAGUAUAGGGAAUAGUGGGCUCCAUCUUAGACCUGGGGACAGUGGGUAGGGGGCAGUGAGGUAGUGAGCCAGUCCAUAGGAGAUACGGGUGUGUGAUAACCAUCCUGGAGUAGGGGAUAGGGGACUAGUCCAUAGGAGGUAUAGGGAUAGUGUGCUCCAUCCUAGACCUGGAGUAGGGGGAUAGGAGACUAGUCCAUAGGAGGUAGCCGAGGAGUGAUAACCCCAUGGUGGAUCUGCUGUGAGGAGCACUGAGUACAGGAAGGACCCGGGAGGAUGUCAUCAGCCGGAGGAGAGUCAGCCAGCUCGGAGCUCCAAGCAGGUGUCAAAACCAGCACACUGAGACGGGAGUCCAGGAGGACUAAAGGUCAGGACCGCAGUGAGGCGGGGCUGAUUAAGCGUUUCCGUGGUGAUGGCGUGCGCUACAAGGCCAAGCUGAUUGGGAUUGAUGAGGUGACAGCAGCGCGCGGGGACAAGCUGUGCCAGGACUCCAUGAUGAAGCUCAAGGGAAUGGCUUCGUCGGCGCGCUCCAAAGGAGAGCACAAGCAGAGAGUCUUCCUCACCAUCUCCUUCGGAGGGAUCAAGAUUUACGACGAGAGAUCAGGGGUUCUGCUGCAUCACCACUCAGUGCAUGAGAUCUCCUAUAUCGCCAAGGAUACCCGGGACCACCGGGCCUUCGGCUACGUCUGUGGGAAGGAGGGACACCACAGGUUCGUGGCCAUCAAGUCUGGCCAGUCGGCAGAGCCGCUGAUCAUUGACCUGCGUGACCUCUUCACACUCAUCUACGACAUCAAGCAGCGCGAGGAGAUGGAGAAGAAGGCCCAGAAGGACAAGCAGUGUGAGCAUGCCGUCUACCAGACCAUUCUGGAGGACGAGGUGGACGAUCCCGUUUACCAGUACAUUGUGUUUGAGGCUGGACAUGAGCCCCUCCGUGGCCACCAAUCAGAGGAGAGCGUUUACCAGGUCCCUACCGCUACCAGUCAGCAGAAGGGAGAAGGGAUCUAUGAUGUCCCAAAACGCCAUUUCAUGACUAACAUCAACCACUUUGAUCUUUUCGGAGACAUGUCCACUCCACCCUCGAUUCCACCAUCCCCGGCCAACACUCUGGACCCCAGCAGGAGCCACCGCCAGCCCCAGCACCCCCCAGAGAUGUUCACCGGCCCCUUCAGCCCCACCUCUGUCCCCUCAGGGUACAUGACCAUGGGGCCAGUCCAGGCAGCCCAGUGGGCCCAGCAGGGACCCUUUGCUGGCCAGGCCCAGACCCUGGCCUUCGGGGUGCAGGGGCCCCUCCAGGUGACCCAGGUCCUCCCUGGGGGCCAGCCUGUCAUCUGGAGCCAGGCCAACAUCUUCCCUGCCACCCAGCAGCAGUGGGCUGCCAUGGCUGCCUACAUGCCUGCCCAGGCUGUGGGCGUGGGGGGCCACCACAUCCCCAUGAUGGUGCCCAUCACCACCGUAUGCCCCGGCCCCCAGGGGCCCCACUGUGACCUCUCCUCCAGCCCCUCCUCGGCCAUCACCAGCCCCCAGCAUCAGGCGAUGGACCCAAUCCUGCUCCAGCAGCUCCAGCAGCAGCAUAGCAUCGGUGGGGACUCUGACACAGGCGAAGGCCCCUCUUCGCUGGGCCUUGUCAUGGUGGGCAGCAGGUGUGGCACACCCAGGCCGAUGAGCCCCACUUCAAUGGGUCUUGGUGCUGUGGGCAGGUGUGAGACGCCCGUUGGUCUUGUCAUGAUGGCGAGGUGUGAGACGCCCGGCCCUGGUCCAGUGAACGUGGGGUCAUCAUCGACCGCAACCCAGGAAGAGGAAGGCAGCUGUAGUGACCUUGACCUCUCUCGGAUGACCUUGAGUCCAGGCACGUCCACCUCGCCCUCCACUGACUCAGCCCCCCAACCUGGCUCGUCCUCAGACUCCGCCCCGUCCCAGACCAGUGAUCCCCCCACAGACCACUCCCCCAUCGAAACAGAGGCCACACCCCCUAGCACCAGUGAGGAUGACUCGGGCUCAUGCACCAGGGCUCUGUCUUCCCGCUCUUCCAGUGAUGCUCCAGCUGACCCUCCACAGGUCCAGACCUGUCCACAAACACACUGUUGUCUCGUCCGGUCUGCGUUUCCGUCUUAUUGGAGAUUUUUCAGAUCCACCACCACUACCAUGCUCUCUGUAUCCAAUUUGAAGUCUACAGUCAGCCCAUGUUACUUUCUCCUCUGUGCUGCACUGUGUUUGCUCCUACUCUGUGAUGUUGCCAUAGCCGGCAGUGGCGAGGAGCCCAGUGGCGUCCGUGAGGCUCGUUCUGUGGGGACUCAGGUCGCCGUGCAGCCAGUGGACUGUGUACAAUCAGAGUGGACCUCCUGGACGCGCUGCGAUGUCUGCAGGAAGAAGAGGUAUCGUUAUGCUAAGCUUGUCCAGCCAUCUCAGUUUGGCGGAGAGCCCUGUCAUGUCCAGGGCAAAGAGGUGGAGACCUGUAGCCCUCCAUCUCACCACGACUGUAGACCUGAAGAAACACCUCUGUGUGAAGGCUUCCUCUGCACUUACACAGGGCGCUGUGUGCCUAUAGACCUGCGCUGUAACGGGGAUGAUGACUGUGGGGACCGGUCAGAUGAGAAGGGCUGUCAGAAGGUGAACAAGGCCUGCAAGCAGGAGGUACAGGAGUACUAUGGCAUCGAGAACCUGGCCAAAGGAAUCAACAUACUGAACAGUAACUUAGAAGGAGUGGUUAUUGACAACAGAUACUACGCAGGCAGUUGCUUGCCUCACUACAUCCAGGACGUCAGGUUCAGGAAGCCGUAUAACCUGCAACAGUACACAAUAGAGACAAAAGGCACAUACGACUUCAAGCUGCAGUCUUUCGCGUCAUACUCUGAGUUUGUCGAUUACUCCAUGACGGAGCGCACUUCCAAGACCACGGUGUCCCUUGGCUUUGCUGUGCCGGGCGUGGCCGAGUUCGGCUUCAACUACGCUGACUCCAAAUACUCAAAGUCAGAGAAAAGAACACGCCGCGCCUCUGGGAAGGAAAACAGCUUUGUCCGGGCCAAGGCAGAGCUGGAACUGGCCCGAUACAUCCUGAAGUCAGAGGAUCUGAUGCUGCACCCGGAGUUCUUCAUGCGUCUUCGUGCCCUGCCCCAGUCCUACAACUAUGGGGAGUACAGACAGAUCUACAGAGACUAUGGCACCCACUACAUCACAGAGGCUACCCUGGGAGGAGACUACGAACACACCGUCAUCCUGGACAAGAAGAAGCUGGAGAAGUCAGAUUAUUCUCUGGAAGACUACAAGAACUGUGUUCAGAUAGGUCUGAAGGUGGGGGCCAACAUCAAGGGGGUGUAUGUGACUGUGGGGAUCGACGGAGGUGGUUGUGAUGGUGUGCUCAACGAAAUGGGAGAGGACACAGUGAAAGGCAGCAUGGUGGAAGACUUUGUCGCGGUGGUUAGAGGGGGUGACAGUGAGUCCAUCACCGCGCUGGCUGAAAAGAAGCUGCCCACACCACAACUGAUGAGACUGUGGGGAGAAGCCGUGCAUUACAACCCUGACUUCAUCCGCAGCGUGACGCGGCCACUAUAUGAGCUGGUGACCUCCAGAGACUUCUCCAACGCUAACUCCCUGAAGAAGAACCUGAGGAGAGCCCUGGCUGAAUACCUGGAGGAGAGCAGCUCUUGCCGCUGUGCCCCCUGCCACAACAACGGACUGGCUGUUCUCAAAGGCACCAGGUGUGAGUGUGUGUGUCCAUCUGGCUACAGUGGACUGGGUUGUGAGAUCACCCAACGACCAGAUAUAGCCAUAGACGGCAGCUGGAGCUGCUGGGGUUCGUGGUCGCCCUGCAAGGAGAGGACUAAGACACGGAGCCGCCAGUGUAACAACCCUGCACCUAGCAGCAGAGGCAUGACCUGCAGAGGACUCCAGGUGGACGCUACUGACUGUUUCUGAUAUUGUCCUGGACUCUUGAUUGAAAUAAAGAUAAUUCAUGUCA